AUCCCUGAGAAAAUUAUAUUUAUAUAUGUUCACCAAUAAUCUCAUAAAUCUGUAAUAGUCGGGCGGCUGUUUGGAAUAUAAAGAGCCAGCUGGCAGCUCAAUGGAUCCGUUAACUGCACUCUGCUUUUAACGUUAGCUAGCUUGGAACAAGCUGGCUGGUCUAAUUAAAGCUAGCUAGCUAGCAUCCCGUCGAGCUAAAAUCCACUUGCCUUCAUUUUUCUACAAGACGAAGCAACAUUAACCAACUAACAACUGUUUAUUUCAUUUUAUUUAGACCAAAGUGUGACGCUCCAUCUGCGCUCCAUGGCUUCAUCAGAGGUCAGCAUGCAGGAAAUGGGUGAGGUGGUCAUCGUUACCAUUCCAGAGUCUGUGGGCGAGGACCUUCCAUCUGUGGUGGAGGACGAUAAGGCAGUGCUGGUGACCGCAGAGCUGACUCCUCAGCCGGGGGAGGACGUCCUCACAAUGGUGCCAGAGGAAGCAGAAGCUGGAGCCAGCAGAGCAGAUUCACUGUCAAAGGAAGAGACUGUCAUUGUGAAGUUAACUGAGGAGGUGGAUGUGGAAGCUGACGUCUUCUAUCCGAUCACCUGUGGAGACGCCAAAGCCACGCUAGUGUGGAAGAAGUUUGUCUGCCCUGGGAUCAACGUGAAGUGCGUCCAGUUCAAUGAGCAGCUGAUCAGCCCGAAGGAGUUUGUGUGUUUAGCAGGGAAAUCCACUCUGAAGGACUGGAAGAGAGCUAUCCGCCUCAACGGCACCAUGCUCAGGAAGAUCAUGGACUCCGGUGAACUGGACUUCUACCAGCACAUAAAGGUGUGCUCCAACACCUGCCGCAGCACUAAGAUAGACCUGGUGGGAACCAAAGUGUCCAUCGGCGGUGACCCGUCUGCCGAACUGCUUCCUGCCACCCCCUCAUCUGCUGAUCUGAACGGAGCAGCGGUCUCGUUUCCAGAGGUGAUGGAGGAAACGUCAGAGUGGGUCACAGCCAUCGGAGAGGACUCUGUGGCGUUCUGGCGUGGGGUGAAGGAGGCGGGCCUCCUGGAGGAGGUGGUGGAGGACUUCCAGAUAGAGCUGCAGGAGGUGAUGAAGGGGCUGCAGGAGAGGGCGUGUGACCCGCCACUACAGGUCAAAGGUCAGAACCAUACACACACAGCCAGCUUCAUCUGGUACCUGCAGCACCACACACUCUGCUUUUAUACUAAACUUUCAAAGUGGCGGUUCCGUGGACUUGGGAUCUCACAGAAUCUCACGUGACCAGACGUGACAGAA